CUCGAAGAUAGCGAGAGAGAUUGAAUUUUGGGGAGAGAGAGAGACAACUAGAGAGAGUUUUGUAUGUGAAGUUUCAGAGGUAGAGAGAGAGGAAGAGUUCAUAGGGAAUUUCUUUACAGUCUAGAGGACACAAGGAGGAGCUUGGCGACCUGCAAAUUCUAGAGAGAGAGAGAAGGGAGAGAGAAUGGGUAGAUUUCAGGAAACAAUUCGCAUAUUGUGGAAGAACAGAUAUGCAACUUUCAGCAUCUUGUUGUCCUCUCUAAUCAUCGUGGUCGAUGGUUAUGACAUCGGGGUGAUCAGCGGUGCGCAGCUGUUUGUGCGGGAGGAGCUCCACCUGGACGACGUGAAGGUGGAGGUGAUGGUGGGGGCGCUGAACCUCUUUGCGAUCGUGGGGGCGAUCCUUGCCGGGCUCAUUUCGAACCGGCUCGGCCGUCGCCGCACCCUCAUGCUGUCUGCGGCCCUCUUCACCAUCGGCUCUGUGAUCAUGGGCAUCUCCCACUCCUUCCCGGUGCUUUUUGUGGGCCGCCUCUUUGCGGGUGUCGCCGCCGGCCAUGCCCUCGUCGCCGCCCCAAUCUAUGCCUCUGAGAUUGCGCCACCGGAGGUCAGAGGCUUUCUCGCUUCACUUACGGAAAUUUUCAUGGGAUGCGGGAUACUGCUCGGAUACAUAUCAAACAUCGCAUUCGCUUCAUUGCCGGGGCGGUACAACUGGCGGGUGAUGCUAGGGCUAGCGGCGGUGCCGGCAGUGGUGAUUUGGGUGGCAUAUUUAUGGAUCCCCGAGACGCCGAGGUGGCUCGUGAUGAAAGGACGGAUCGAGAGCGCACGGCUCGUGCUGCAACGCACGUUCAAUGACAGCAAGAGGGCGGAUUCAAGGCUCGAGGAGAUACAAUGUGCAGCAGAUGUCCCGCACCCGAACGGACCAGUUUGGGGGGAGUUGUUGCUGAGGCCUUCGGCGUGUGUGAGACGCAUUCUCUUGGCCGCGGUCGGCGUCAACUUCUUCCAGCAGGCCUGUGGGAUACAGACCGUCACGCUCUAUGCACCCAAAAUCUUCAAGCGUGCCGGCCUUAAGAAGAAAUCACAGGCUCUAGCUGCAAACUCCGGCGUCGGAGUUACAAAGGUGGUGUUCAUCUUCGUGUCGAUGCUCCUUGCCGACAGGUGGGGCCGGCGACCGCUCCUCCUUCUCAGCAUCUUCGGCAUGUCAUGCACCCUCCUUGUCCUCAGCGGUUCCCUCUUUGCCAUGGACCGGUCCCCCAGCCCCGCCUACAAGUGGAUCGCGAUCGUCAUGGCGUGGAUCGACGAGGCGUUUUACGGCAUAGGCGUCGGCCCUCUGGCAUGGGCCUACGCGUCGGAGAUAUUCCCGUUGCGACUCCGUGGGCCGGGGAUGAGCAUGGCUGUUAUGGUGAACAGAAUAGUGGGAUCUGUGGUCUCCAUGACAUUCUUGUCUCUCACCAAUGCCAUCACCAUUCAAGGGUGUUACCUCAUGUUUUCCUGCAUUUCAUUCAUUGGGGGUGUGUUCUUUUGGUUUGCUUUGCCUGAGACUAAAGGUAAGACACUGGAGGAAGUGGAGGCUCUCUUUGAGGGGAAGAAGCCAUCGGAGAUCAAUGGUGAGAAAUUAGAGAAGGGUGGAGGGAUCGAGGGUUUUGAGGGGAAGCCAUCGGUGAUUAAUGGUGAGAAAUUAGAGAAAGGUGAGGAAGUGGGGAUGGAAAUGAAGGUGAGAAAUUAGAGAAAGGUGAGGAAGGGGAGAUGGAAAGGAAGGUAAAGUUGAAAUUCUUAAGAAUUAGAAGAGAGAGAAAAAUAGUUACACCAUAUGUGGUGUUGCAUUCAUAUUAAAUGUCGACUUGUAAUGUUAGCUUGGCUAACAUGCCAUUCCAAGAGUACUUUUUGUGUCUCAUAAGAGCACAUUGUAAAUUUAUUCUAAUAAAAAGUCUCAGUCUAAAAUUUUGGGAUUUA